AUGCGGAUCAUUACAUUACCCAUCAGGGUUCUGGGCAAAGCAAAGGAUUUAUACGUACGGGGCAUGACAAACUGUGCCACCCGCGGCUACGGCAACAACAUGGGCGGUCCGGCCGGUAUGCCUAGAAGCUACAGCUAUGCCUCUUCCAGGUCUAACGAUAACGAGGAUUUCAGAGAGCUGGUGAGAGCUGCCUCUGCUAACACUUUGGGCCAUGGCGUUGACUUGAAUGCGCUUCUUCAACAGUCGGCCGCGGAGAAAUCCAAGGUGGUUCCCAGGAGUUGCAGUGUUGGGAUGGCCAGAAUCGAUGAGGAUGGACCUUGUAAUGAUUUUGGAGAAAUUAACUUCAAGGCCAAGGCUGAUUUGAUGUACCCAAGGAGCCGGAGCUAUGCUGUCACAAAGAGAAGCGUUGGAUUCUGA